ACCAGUAGGAGCUGGGAGGAGUACGCGUAGUUGGGACUGGGUUGUAGAAGAGUCGUGUUUGGGUGCAACUUUCACCGAUAAGCUGAAUGUCACAUUGCAAAUAAAAGCAAAAGAACGAAACCACCACAGCGGUUUGUAUUUAUUCCAUACGAUCUGUGAUGUUCAAAAGGCGGUUCACCGGAACAUUGAGAAGAUUUUUUUAAAACAGCUGACAGAUUCUGCUGUGUUUCGCCAUGCCUGUGACCUCCCAUAUAUUUACUACAGCUAUUCGCAAUGGAGAAAUCAGAAAGUUCGGCACCUCCGCCUUCCAGAGCCACAAUCGGAAUCUAUGUUGCUCUUUGCCACCACACUCCCUGAAAACAUUACAUACACUGCUGAAAACAGCUAGCCCCACAACACUGGGGUCAGGUAGCUCAAUAAAGGACAACCCUCCGUGGUAUAUCAAGAAGCAGAGCUACAGAACUACUUCCCAGCAGUACUACAAUCUGACUCGCCCUCAAGUCAACAGCAUCUUAAAAGCAAAUGAAUACCGCUUUAAAGUCCCAGAGUUUGAUGGGAAGAAUGUGAGCUCAAUUCUGGGCUUUGAUAGCAGCCAGCUGGCAGCCAAUGUGCCCAUAGAAGACAGGAGGAGUGUUGCCACCUGCCUGCAGACAAGAGGAAUGCUGUUUGGGGUGUUCGAUGGACACGCCGGAUGUGCCUGUGCCCAGGCGGUGUGCGAAAGGCUUUUCUAUUACAUUGCUGUCUCUUUGCUGCCGCACAAGACUUUGCUGGAGGUAGAAAAUGCAGUGGAAAAUGGACGUGCCGUAUUGCCCAUCCUGCAGUGGCACAAGCACCCCAAUGAUUAUUUCAGUAAGGAAGCUUCCAAGUUGUACUUCAGCAGUCUGAGAACUUACUGGCAGGAGCUCAUUGACCUGAAUGCUGGAGUGCAGCCAGACACUCAAGAAGUUUUAAUUAAUGCCUUCAAGAGACUUGAUAACGAUAUUUCCCUGGAAGCUCAAGUCGGAGAUCCUAACUAUUUCCUUAACUACUGGGUGCUUCAAGUAGCAUUCUCUGGUUCCACUGCAUGUGUUGCCCAUAUAGACGGUGCAGAUAUACAAGUUGCAAACACUGGAGAUAGCAGAGCAGUGCUCGGGGUGCAGGAGGAAGAUGGAUCUUGGACUGCAGUUACCUUAUCGAAUGAUCACAAUGCACAGAAUGAGGAUGAAAUCAAACGCAUUCGAUCCCAGCAUCCAAAGAAUGAGGAAAAGACUGUUGUCAAACAGGAUAGAUUGUUAGGCCUGCUAAUGCCAUUCAGGGCAUUCGGGGACGUGAAGUUCAAGUGGAGCAUCGAGCUUCAGAAGAUGGUGCUGGAAUCGGGGCCUGAUCAGUUAAAUGAAAAUGAGCACACAAAGUUUAUCCCACCAAACUACCACACUCCCCCGUAUCUCACAGCCAAGCCAGAAGUCAUUCACCAUAGAUUAAGACCCCAGGACAAAUUCCUUGUGCUGGGCACUGAUGGACUGUGGGAGACCAUGCACAGGCAAGAAGUGGUGAGAGUUGUUGGAGAAUAUCUAACAGGUGUCCACCUCCAGCAACCCAUAUCUGUGGGAGGGUACAAGGUGACCCUGGGUCAAAUGCAGGGCUUGCUGAUGGAGCGAAAAGCAAGGAGUUCCUCUGUCUUUGAGGAUCAGAAUGCUGCAACCCAUCUGAUCAGGCACGCAGUGGGCAACAACGAGUUUGGAGUGGUGGACCACAAACGACUUUGCAAAAUGCUAAGCCUGCCUGAGGAGCUUGCCCGAAUGUACAGGGACGAUAUCACCAUUAUCGUAGUGCAGUUUAAUUCUCAUGUCAUUGGUGCACAGAGCAAUCCAGGAGGAGGGGAGUGAACCUAGAGAUCUGAUUGUUCAGGUUAAGUUGAAAUGCAAAUAGUUUUUUUUUUUUUUUUUUUUUUUUUUUGCACAACUAGCAUGAAUGUAUUUGGAUUUACAACACACAUCCUCUGCCCGUGUGUCUAUGUCCAAAAAGCUCAUUGUUUUGUGUGAUUUUUCCAGGGACAGCUGUUGCAGUACUACUAACGCGAUAGCAGAAGCAAGUACAGUCAGCACUCAGAUAUACGUUACCAGAUAUGUCAAUCGUGUUUUAUCAUCACCAGUUUCCAUAUAUAUCAUAUCAAUCUUAAAAUAUUGAUUUGAUUAUCUCUCUUUUUUUUCUCCACAUGCACAAUUCUGUCCCCGGUAAUGCACAAUUUAGUAACCAAGUUUUCUGCUUGGUACAAAAAUGCAGACAACUAAAAUGUGAGCGAGAAUUGCAAUUCCAGCUAAUGUAAAACAUUAGAAAACAUGAGAUUUGUCUUUUCCAUGACAAAAAUAAGAUCUUUAUCCACUGACACCCAACAAAGGAGAGAAAACCACAGCAACAGUAACAUGAGGAUGCACUUUUUGAUUUGUUUACAGAAGGGCGUAAAACAUGACAAUUAGUAAUGACAUUGUAAUGACAAAAGCAAAAUCAUAAAACUUGAACAAAAAAACUGAACAGUCGCUGUAAGCAGUGUUUGUCCUUAAAAUGCUUGAUGUUGUACAAUUGCAUAUUUAAAUUAGGCUUUCAAAGUGUGGACUAGUCAGCAUGUGGUGUUAUUAGUGGAACACUAGUCAGAAGGUCUAUUUUAAAAAGUAGACUCCCACACAGUCUCAGUGAAGUUAAAACUGUAUUUUAGUCUUGUUAGUUGGAUGUGGCUUGAUUCCUGUUCCUAUUUUGACACUCCAUUUUCUGUAUCCAGAACUUAUUUUCCACAAUAUACAACAGUAUAACAAAUCUGUCAGUUUUUAAGCCUUUCUGCUGCUUUGUAAAUUAAAAUAAAUGCAUUUUAUAAGAUCCUACACUGACUGGCCCUUAUACUUGACAACAGGUUUCUUGUCAAGUGCUGGAAGUUUCUGAGAUUUGGGCCAUUGCAGCACAUCUGUUGUUUAUCACAUUGCAUUGCAAAGGUUUUCUGUCUGGAUUCACCAUGAUCGGGGUUGUGCUUUUUGGUGGUAUUUUUUUUCUGCAUAUGUUGCUGUCAAUGCAUCUGCUGCAUUAAGGUGCGGCUGCAUAGGUAUCCACCAUUUUGUCCCAGCAUACAAUGAAAACAAGGAGAUUUACUUGUUUUACUUACAUUGUCGGUUUAAUUUCGGCCAGUCAGUGUAUAAAGAAUCAGAGUUUCUCAUUAAUCCUAUUUACUCAAUUUACUCAGUUUGUUUGCAAAUGCUUAUGGAGAAUGUAGUUACACAAUAUUGUACUUACACUACAAUGUAUGUAUUUAAAGAAGUAUGAAAUUGUAUAAUAUAAUAUGUUGCAUAUCAUGUGUUAUUUUAAUAAAAGUGCUAUGAGAUGUUUUAUAGUAGGCUGUGAAUUCUCAGAAGCCUUGGCAAACACUUCUGGAGUGGUGAGGGUAUCAAAUGGGUUACCUUGUCAUGUUGUUGAUGUUGAAUCACUGGGACCCUUUAAGACCCAACUUGAAAACCAUUUCUAAAAGCUGAUCUCAAAACGAACAAGUGUACUGCAGAUAGUGCAAAUGGCUUCCUCUUGUUUGUAAAAUCUCUUCUAUUCUUAUGUACUUUGAUUAAAUGUUAGUUUCACAUUGUUGCUUUGUUCACUGUACAGCAAUGGGGUUAUCUCUUUGGGGAAAAAUAGUACCUGUGGCCUUCUUUAUAUAACCUGUGUUAUUUGGAUUGAUAUCUGUUUCAUGUACAGUAGAAGCUAAUAAAGUUUAGUAUGUAUUGUCA